AGUCUCAGAAGAACAAGAAAAGGUCCUUCCACGUUGCAUGAUUCCCCAAAAAGCCGGCCCAGAACGGCCAAGCCCCUCACUACUCUCUCUCUCUCUCUCUCUCUCAUACUAGCCCAGAUGUCAUCUGUUUCUUUCUCCUCUUCUUUCCUUCUUCAUCAUGAUGUUAUGUUGAUCACCAUUCAAUCUUAAAGUUUUCGGAAACAAGGAAAUACUCGGACUAGACCGAGGCAGGCAUGGGCUGUGUUCAGACCAAGCCUCCAGAGAGCUCACAAUCUGGAGGCAUAGACAAGUUGAAACUAGAAAAUGGCUACGUUGGAAGAGAUGGAUUUAUGGAUAAUCAUCGACGAUCAACAGGUCAAAGGGAUAUGCAUAGGGAGUCAAGUAGGCAGUUUAGGGCUGAGUCCAAAAAGCACAAUGCCCCUUAUGGUAAAGGGAAUAUUGGUGUAGCAGACGGUAGUACUAGAGGAGAAGGGAAGUUGAUUAAUGGAGAGGAAAUGAGAAAAGUUGGUGGCCGUAACGAUGGGAAUAAUAUUGUUUCACAGAGAAUGUCAUUUUUUAAGCCAAUUGAAGAUAUUGAGUUGGUGGAUGGAUGGCCAAAAUGGCUCAUGGAUAAUGUUCCAAGAGAGGUAUUGAUGGGGUUGGUUCCAAAGAGUGCUGAUUCCUAUGUUAUGCUUACUAAGGUGGGCCAGGGGACUUACAGCAAUGUGUAUAAAGCUCGAGAUAGAGAGAGCAACAAAAUCGUUGCUUUAAAGAAGGUCCGUUUCGACACAUCAGAACCUGAGAGUAUCAAGUUUAUGGCACGAGAAAUAAUGAUGUUACAGAAGUUGGAUCAUCCCAACAUAAUAAAGCUAGAGGGAUUGGCUACAUCAAGAUUGCAAUACAGUCUGUAUCUGGUUUUCGAUUUCAUGCAGACGGAUUUGGCAACAAUUAUCUCUCGCUCUGAAGCAAGACUUGAUGAAUCACAGGUCAAAUGCUACAUGCAUCAGCUGCUCUCAGGGCUGCAGCACUGCCAUGAUAGGGGGAUUUUACAUCGAGACAUUAAAGGAGCAAAUCUUUUGAUCGAUAAACAGGGGAUGCUAAAGAUUGCAGAUUUUGGGCUUGCAAAUUUUUACACUGGAAACCACAAUCUGCCUCUCACAAACCGAGUUGUGACACUUUGGUACAGAGCCCCUGAACUGUUAUUAGGAGCUACCCAUUAUGGUGUUGGUAUUGAUCUUUGGAGUGCUGGAUGCCUUUUGGCAGAAAUGUUUGCUGGACAUCCAAUUAUGCCUGCUAGAACAGAGGUCGAGCAAAUUCACAGGAUUUUUAAACUAUGUGGCACACCAUCGGAGGAAUACUGGAAAAAGUUGAAACUGUCUAGAAAAUUCAAAAUUCCACAGUUCAGGCCUAGUAUUACAGAGGCUUUCAGCCAAUUUCCUGCAUCUUCUUUGGGUCUGUUGAACACUCUUCUAGCUCUGGACCCAGCAUAUAGGGGAUGUGCCUCUUUGGCUCUCCAAAACGAAUUCUUUUACACUAGUCCGUUGGCAUGCAACCUUUCAGAUCUACCUUUUGUCUACAGCAAAGAAGAUGAACUGAAGGAAACUAAUGAAGAGAGAAAGCACAGAAGUUCUAGAAUGAAACAGCGUUCUAGGACAGUUUGUGAGCGCAGGAGAAAAGAUCUAGCAGCCCCUGCAAAGCCCGAGGAAGAUUCUGUAUAUUAUACUACAAAGCAAGAGAAGACUCCUGAGACAAAUGUGCAAAGCCAAGAGCCACGUAGCACAACCAGUAACACCCACUCUGAUCAUGUCAAGCCAGCAAGCAGAAAAGAGAGCCCAACCUUGACUACAGGUAGUAGUACUACUUCCUCUGGUGUAAAGCCCUCCAGCCAAACCGAGAGCUCAAAUUUCUCUCUAUCCCCAGAUGUGUUUUCUUUUAAUCAAAUGAUUUCACCAAAGACACAAGAUCAUCCUAAUGCUAGUAACAACAUGAUCAAGAACCUGCCCCCACCACCCACCACCAGAUCACACAUCGCCAAUUACAUUAAAGAUAAUGGCAGGUUCAGGUCAAAUCAUGUCCAAAGGUCUGAAUCGACUAGAGAUUUCAGAAAAACAAGCCGAAGGAAUCAUUUUGAUGUAUAUGCAGUUGAUGAUUAAGACAAGUGAGAUGACUGCAUGCAUAUAGCGCAGAAAUUUUUUUCCUAAGUUACUGCUGAUGAUCACUACCUGAGCUAGAGUUUCUUAACCAUUUUUUUUGUUCUCCUUUGUGGAUCAGAACGAAUAAACAUAUAUUGUUUACUUAGCAACAUACUAUGCUGUAAUUGUCUCCUAUUAUUUGUUAUAUGCCCUUG